AUGACUGAUGAUGACUUUUUAAAUGGAUAUAAUUCUAAAAAUCAUAGGAUUACUGAAGGAUAUGCAUAUGCUAUUUCAGCAAAAUGGUAUUAAUGAAUAUUAAUAUUAGGUAUAGAUAAUUUUAGAGAUUCUUAUAAAACCCAUCAGGAAUAGAUGUUUCAAGAUUUAAUAAAAUUUAGAAUGCUUGUAUAGUAGAAGGAACUAUGGAUAAAUUAGUCUCAUUAAAAUAAUAUUCUAUUCCUCCCUAUUAACAAAUAAAUUAUUCAUAUGUUUAUGGGUUAAAAAAAGAUGUUUAGAUAUAAGUUGAUUUUUAUGUUGUAUCAAUAGAUGUAUGGCACUUUUUUAAAUAAUAUUAUGGUUCAGGUAUGUUUAUUAAUUUAAAUGGAUUAUAGAUUAUGAUGUAAUUGUUUUUGUUACUAAAUAUCAUCCUCAAAUGAAUAACUAUUUUCAUUGUGAUAAUUUGGAUGAUGGAUUAUGUGUUUGUAGAGAAAUCAUUAAUAUUAUCUUUGUAAUUUUAUUUCCAAGAAACAUUAAUGUAUUACAAGCCAUAAUAACACCAAUAAGUAUUUGGAUGGAUUUAUUAAAAUUACGUGCUUUUUUAUUUGCUAUGUAUGAUUUUGGAAUUGAUGCCAUUAAAUUUACUAAUGAGGCUUUCAUUUAUUUUAACAAUAAAAAAGUACCUUUUAGAGGAAAUAGAAGACUUAAUGAUAUUGGAAUCAAUUAAGAUAUUUAGAUUGUUAUGGCAUGUUAAAAUUUAUAAAUGUCAGAUAUAUAGGAGGAGAUUGAAACUGAUGGAGAAGAACAAUAAUUAGAAUAAAGUAAUUAUUAUUUCUAUUAUUUUAAGAUUUACAUGAUAAAUAAGAAUUUUUAGAUAUAUUAUAAAAAGCACUUAAUGAAUAAUCUAUUAUACAACAGAGUAUAAAAACAAUUGAAGAAAUUUAAUAAUCUUUAGAGAUAAAUGACUUCUUUUAAAUUUGA